UUUGAUCACUGCAACUUUAUAAGAACGAACGCGUGCUUUUUUAAUUGAAAGGUUACUUAUUUGUUUGAAAUGUCUACCUGCAACUAACUUCGUAAACGACCGACGUCUGGCGCGCGGCGCGCAUCGUUCAAGUCCCAACAUGAUUGAAUGCAUUUUCGAUUCGCGCGCACGUUACACUUAUUUACGCAAAUUGCUUUAAAAAUUAAUUGUAUCUAUGGUUUUAAAAUUGGUGCACUAUAGUGUUAAUGAGAGUGGAACUCUAAAUGGAAGAUUCUGAGGUGAUGGAUUUACUGAGAGCCUGGGGGCUCCCGGAGCUGGGGCCACUUUUCGCAAAAAAUGAAAUUAAUAUAGAAUCCCUGUCUGCACUGACAACGGACGAUAUAAAAGAAAUAAUUCCGCAAUUGGGGCCCAGAGCCCUAUUCCUUCGUUGUUGGAAAGCUUGGGUAACGGAUUUCUCAAAUGUUAAUCAAGGUUCAACAAGUAAUCAGUGUACAAGUCUGGACUUAAGCAAUCAAUUAACAGAUUUGACGAAUAUUUCUUUUUCUGUAAGUACCUACAGUGUACCUUUAACUACAGUGACCGAAUGCCCGGCCCGAGAGCGCCGCAAACCCUCCAUGAGCCCAUGUUAAAAACAGAUUAUUCAUUUGUUGUUCUUUCGUUCGUUUUAAUGUGGUUCCCAUCAUAAAUAUUACUAAAACCGGCCAAUGAAUAGUUCAGUUGACGAAUGAUUCAGCCAGAUCGUGUGCCAGUGAAAAUUAAUGUAAAAAUCGACAUCCAAAGCGCGAAUAGGCUUAUGUAUAACGUAUGGGCAGUAUGGCUGACAAUUCAUGCGUUGUUUAAUAGGGUUCCGCGAAUAUUCACCGUACACUUGGUCAAUUUUAAUAUACUUAUUUCAGGACCUCCCUGUUAUAAUUGAAGAUUACCUCCCAACAAGUGGAACAAGUCCCCUAAGAGUCGAAAAAACGCAGAAAACUUCACCACCAAAAUUACCACCAAUCAACCUUGAGGAUAACGUCCUUUUCAAAUUAUUGCAAAAUAAUUUUGAAAGUUCAAGCUUAUUGCGGUUUAUGGGAAAAUCAUUAGACAAUGAAAAUGCAAGGAAUUUGCUAGCAUCAACUAUUACCAAAGAAAUUUUAAAGGAAAAUAAAAAUUCACCUAUUACUAGCAAUGUAUAUAAUAGUUGGAUAAAAAAUAUAAAAGUGCUGUUUCCGGAGGAAAGAAUUACAACUUAUUAUAUUCCACCAUGUGUGACCGCGCAGGGAGUAACUCAUCAAGCAAGAGGCAAGUUGGUCAGCCAAUUGAUGAACACAAGGCGUAAAUACCAAAAGUUAGGUGUUCUUGAUUCCAAAGAAAGAAAACUUCAAGUCCGCAGCAUAGGGUCUCACCAAUCGUCUUUAUCACCCCGCCCGCUUCCAUCACUGACAAUUAAUACAAUACAGAAUACCGACAACACAGAAGAAGAUCUUAAAUGGUUGAAAAGCAGCUCGGAGCCCUGGGAUCUUGUACAGUCAAAGUGGAAAGCUACACUGUCAGAGCGUUUCAGGGACUUAAGGAAGCCGGUAUAUUCCAUUGAGCAAUAUUUUGAUGAGUACCCUGCAUUGCAGAAGCCUCAGGGGUAUAAAUUGCUUGUUGAUGACUUUAAUGAAUGUUACCCCGAUUAUGUCAACAAUUUCUACUUAAAUUUUCCUAGCAUCAAAAGUAAACUGAUAGAGCUGGUAUCGAGGAAGGCAACAAAAAAUGAUAUUUACUUAAAUGACCUUAUUAAUUUAGCAAAAGAUACGAACGAAGAACACAGGAAUCUCGCGGCUAUAUUAAGUUUGCCCGAACUCAUUAGCCCCAGUGUGGUAGCACUACCCAGUCAGUCUACAUCCUCAAGCUCUAGUAGUGACCCUCCAUCAGCUAAAAGGAAGAAGGGGAAAGAUAAGAGAUGGAAGCCGACGAAAGCCGAAAGCCGGGAAGCGUUCGUCACUCACGUGCAUGAUGACAGUUAUACAAAACUAGUUAUAAAUAAGAGACACCAGAAUAUCACAGAAAAAGGCUUUACUCCUCAGCCAUACAUUGCAAUGGUAGGUGCUAAUUUAUUCACCAUUAAAUCUUAUUUUAUUGUGGUGAAUCCAAAUAUAUUUUAUGACUGUCCUAAUAUCUUAGCCGCGAUCGAUUCGUGUUUUAAGAUAACAUGGGCUCUAAAUCUUGAAUAUGCCCCGUCCACCUAUGGCUCUUGGCUUUUCUUACAAAAAGGUUUAUACAAACUUGAUAGUCCAUUUGAUAGAGGUUCCACUUCAGUGGAGUCUUUGAUGACGGAUUGUAAUUUAACCAACUGAACAAAAUGACACUAUGUUAAGAUCUACUUAGAUUUUUACAAAAAAUAUUAGAAGUCGAAUAAGGUAUAACAUACAUACAUAAACUAUGGUUGUUUGCUUUCUAUGUAAAAAUAAUUAUGAUUCUUUUGGAGCAUUUAAAGCUCAUCUUACUUUAUUUCACGAUGCUUCUGAGUAUAGAACUUUGGUAUGUAGUGAAGAAAAUUGUAACAGAAAUUUUCAAUUGUUUAAUUCAUUUAGGCGACACUUAUUAACUCAUACUAAUAAAGCACAUAUCUCUUCAAGUCCCGCGGAUAAAGAUGCUGAAAGCCACACUAGGGAUAGUGAGCAGGUAACUGCAACUUUUAAUGAAAAUCUUGUUAGCGAUGUGGAACCCACAUUAGAGCUAAGACCAGAGGUUAGUCCAGUUAACACCCUUCAAUCAGUAUUUGAGACAUCUGUAUCUACUUUGAUUGCUAGCUUAUAUGCAAACCAUAAUCUGCCCAGAAAUGUAGUCGACAUAUUUUUUGAAGGAUUGCGUGACUGCGUGUCAGACUCCCUACUUAUAGCGAUAACUAAUACAUUAGAAAAUUUGGCGCGUAAUGGUGAAAUACCAUCUUCUUGCGUUGAGACUGUCAUUAAAAGUAUUACGCCAUUACUAAAGUCACCCUGGGAAAAGUUUGGUAGUGAGUAUAAGCGGUUGCAACAUUUUGAAAAAACAAAUACUUUCAUAAGACCACGACAAGUAGUGAUUGGUCAAAGACUAGAGACUGUAAAAGAAAACAAUGUAAGUCGUCUUAUUCCGAUAACAUGUGAACAAAGUUUUAUUAGCCUCAGAACCGUCUUAAAAAAUUUUUUUUCUCUUAAAGGAAUUCUCGUAGAAACAUUAAACUUCAUUAAAAGUUUGCAAAAUAAUAGUCUUAAAUCGAAUAGUGCCAUCGAGAAUUUCAUACAAGGCUCUUAUUGGCAAAGUGUAAUGCAACGGCACAAAAAUAAAAUUGUAAUGCCUCUUUUCCUUUACUUUGACGAUUAUGAAACGGGUAACGUUUUAGGCAGCAGAGCGGGACAGCACAAAUUAGGCGCGGUGUAUAUUUCGCUUCCUUGUUUACCAGCAUAUCGGUCAUCAUCAUUAAAAAAUAUUUUUCUAUUUCUCUUGUUUCAUUCGGCAGAUAGAGUUACGUUCGGGAACAAAGUCAUAUUUCGGUGUGUUAUUGACGAACUAAACUAUCUAGCAGAUGCUGGAAUCGAAUUCGCUGUUCCCGGCUUCACCGGUACCGUUUAUUUUGAGCUUGGAUUAAUAUUAGGUGACAACUUAGGUAUUCACUCUAUAUGUGGAUUUAUUGAAAGUUUUUCGGCAAACUUUCCCUGUAGAAUAUGCAAAACACGGAAAGAUGUCAUGAAAAAUCAAUGCGUAGAAGAUACCUCACUUUUGCGGAACGAUAUUAACUACCAGUCUGAUCUUUUAGUUGGUAACCCUUCUGAGACGGGUAUUAAAGAGAAGUGCAUUUGGUUGGAAUUAAACAAUUUUAGUCUCUUCGACCAAAUAGCCGUUGACUGGAUGCACGACGUUUUGGAAGGAGUCGCAAAGUAUAUAAUGUGCCUUGUUAUCAAAAAACUUACUCGAGAAUAUGACACUUUCUCAGUAGAUUUGCUAAAUCAAAGACUUGAAUCGUUUUCCUAUGGUCCUGACAAUCGUAACAAACCAUGUUCACUGUCAUCUGAACACAUCAAUAACGGCAACAUAAAAUUGUCUUCGUCUGAAAUGCUAACGUUUAUACGAUAUUUAUCGCUAUUAGUUGGGGAAUUCGUACCUGAGGGAAAUGAAUUUUGGAAAUUGUAUAUACAACUCAGAAUCAUUAUCGAUAUAAUGUCAUCUACUGCAUUUGCCAAAGGUACUGAAGAACUUUUACAAACUCAUAUAACUAAUUUAAAUACUUUAUACCUUUCGCUGAGUAAUGAUACUUUAAAGCCUAAGUUCCAUCAUUUAUUACAUUACCACACAGGUCUUAAAAAAUUUGGACCUUUGAUUCAUUUUUGGUCAAUGCGCUUUGAGGCUAAACAUAGAUUAUCCAAAAUUGCAGCAAGAGCUUCGAUGAAUAGACGCAAUAUUACAUUAUCAUUAGCCAUUAAAGAACAACUUAAAUUAAACGAAAUAUUUUUGAGUGGUCAAUUAGAUGAUGUCAUCAAAACUGGUCCUGAAUCAGAAUGUAAUUAUUUGGAAUUGCAGUUUGUAGUUUCAAACUUACAAUUAUCUUCACUACAAAAAUUGACAAAGACUUCAUGGGCUACAGUAGCAUCUACAUAUUAUUCAAAAGAUUCAAUACUAGUUUAUAGUACAAGCCCUGAAGAUCUGGUCACGUUUUUCAAAUUGACAGAUAUUUUUAUUUUAAAUUCAAAAUUUGAUGUAAUUUUGAAAGGCUACUUAAUGAAAACCUUAUGUUUCAAUGAACAUUUCUAUGCAUAUGAGGUUUUUGAACCGGAAGAAAUCCGAUUCGCAGUUAAACUGCAAAGUCAAUUAGAGUCUCCCAUUCCAUGUCAUAUCAGCAUUGUAUGCAAUAAGAAAUAUGUUACUUUACGUAGUCCAAUCUAAUUUGUUAAAAUAGUGAUUAUUUUAUUACUAAUAUGGAAAAAUUGCUGAAAUGUUUGUCUAUGUUCUUAAAUGAGUGUAACAGUUGGUUACUCAAAUAAGUAAGUACAUAAUGUACAAGGUGUUCAUAAAUUAACCCAAAACCUCUUAGGUGGUAACCCGGACCAUGAAACUGAACAACUUUCAUUAUGGGAGCAACUCUGAAAUCGUAAAAAAAUAUCAGCUGUUCCCUAUAAAAGUGCAAUACCUACUGACCCGAAAUGUAUGAAAUAGCUGAUUUUUUUUCACGAUUCCAGAGUUGGUUCCAUAAUGAAAGUUGUUCAGUUUCAUGGUCCGGGUUACCACCUAAGAGGGUUUGGGUUAAGUUAUUAACACCUUGUAUAUAGAAUGUUUAUUUUAUAUAAUUUUAGUAGGGAAGAAAUUUAAACAGUCGGGUAAAAAAGACAGACUUAAUGUGUUGAUUAUUAAUAUUAUGUUACGCACGAUUCAUCCAUAUUUACGGAGAUGUGUCUAUCUACCCUCGAAACUAAAGAACCUGUCUUUUUUUUAGAAAUACAAUAGAAAAAGCCCUUUUGCCUUAUAUUUUUUAACGUUGAAAUUGCUAGAAGAAUAACAUGCAAGAAAUUAUGUUUAUCGCUUAAAAUUUUAAGUUAUUUUUUUUUAAUAUGUAUAUCAGAAAGAUUUCAAAGAGACUGUUAGUAAGUAAUAAUAAUAAUAUUGUUUAUUUUAAAUGUUUGUCUACGUUCUUAAAUGAGUGGAACACUUGGUUACUCAAAUAAGUACAUAAUAUACAAGGUGUUAAUGAAUUAACCCAAACCCUCUUAGGUGGUAACCCAGACCAUGAAACUGAACAACUUUCAUUAUGGGACCAACUCUGAAAUCGCGAAAAAAAUCAGCUGUUCCAUAUAAAAGUGCUUUACCUACUGACCCGAAAUAUAUGAAAGAGCUGAUUUUUUCACGAUUCCAGAGUUGGUCCCAUAAUGAAAGUUGUUCAGUUUCAUGGACCGGGUUACCACCUAAGAGGGUUUGGGUUAAUUUAUUAACAACUUGUAUAUAGAGUGUUUAUUCUAUAUACAUAAUUUUAGUAGGUAAGAAAUUU